CUUACUGUACAAGUUUUCACUUCUUAAUCAGUAACCAUGUCUCCCAUCACCAAGAUCAUCAUCGCCGCCCUUACUCUUGGAGCCGUGCAAGCUGCCCCUCAGCCUUACAACAACAGGGCAGCCUCUACUACAAGCGCCACUGCCACUGUCACUUCUGUUGCACCACCGGCUGCUACAUCCAACACAGAUUCUCUCUUCAACGACCUUUUCGAUGCUCCUACCGCCAUCAAGCGCUUCCAGAGGCUUCUUACCCAGGGAAAGGUUCUCUUCACCGGAGAUGCUCUGAGGAAAGUCAUCGUCUUUCCCUUUGACAGCAACACCCCUCCCCCCGCGGGUGCAAAGGGCGGUGUAGCCGUCUCAGCCAACAUUGACAGCUUCCCCAUCCUGACCAACCUCGGCAUCAGCACUACUGUCGGUUUCCUCAACCCCUGCGGCAUCAACACGCCCCACGUGCACCCACGCGCCACCGAGUUCCUGACGCUCGUCGAAGGCAAGAACCUCGAGUUCGGCUACGUGCUCGAGAACGGGCUCGUCAAGCCCGGCGAGAACCCGGAAAUCGCCAGCUACCUCAACAAGUUCGAAGGCACCGUCUUCCCCCAGGGCUCCAUCCACUUCCAGUUCAACAACAACUGCGACAAGGCGGUUUUCGUUGCCACGCUCAACUCCGAGGACCCCGGUACCAGCCAGAUUGCGCAAAACUUCUUUGCUCUCAACUCGGGUGUUGUCAAUGCUACCCUGGGCUUCCCCAAGUCCAUUGAUGGUUCCAACAUUGACGAGUUCCGCAAGCAUAUCCCUGCCAACUUGGCGCAGGACAUUGACAACUGCCUCGCCAAGUGCAAGCCGCAGUAAAGCUACCUACCAGAUUUCCUAUGAGGCUGAGAGGGCCAGAGGAUAGGGUUAUGAUUUGCAUGUUCAUAGCGAUGGCGUUGGUUAUGGUUACUGAUCUUAUUAUUGCUUUUACAUUAGACUGUUGUACUUGAUGUUUAUACACACUCGUUAGAUAAUGUC